AGAUCAAACAAAUCAUAUAUCCAAAAAAGGAAAACUUUUAACCUCAGCCUUAUGACAAUAUCUUUUCUUCCCUACUUUUUUCUUCCUUUCCUUUUGUUCUUCUUUUUUAUCACAUUGUACUUGUUUACACGUUCUAUUAGAUUCUUUUCGGCACCUUCGUCAAGGUUCAUCUAUUCCUCAAUAAUACAUUAUUCCUCAAGACAAUUGACCAUGUCCUCCACUAUUAUAGAACAAACCAAUCCACUUGCUUCUGGCCAACAAGCGUCAUAUCAAAUCAAGCAUGGUCAUAUCUCGUUUAAUGAGUUUAUUCUCUCAUAUCCUCGAGGUGCAUAUACUGGAAUGAGAACAGUAGGACGUGGUUCGAUUUUAGAAUUAAAUUCACAUAUGAAAAGAAUAGUCAAUUCACUUACUUUAAUGAAAUUCAAUCCUACUGGAAAGGACGGCGAACCUGAUACUGUCUCAGAUCAACUGGUGUCUUUUCGACAUAUAGAUUCCCUUGAAGAAAAGUUGAUUCCCAUGUUACGAGCUGGUCUGGAAGCUUAUUAUAACCACAUACCUGAAGCUGAACAAGCGAAAGUAUCUCUUAUGGUGACUUAUUCUUUUGAAUUACAACGACCUUGUUUUGCAGCUCAUAUUGGUCACCUCGGUCAACCUCCGAAGCAACGUAUCAAAGUAGAGUUGGAAAAUAAAGCAAGAACUAUGCCAUCAGUCAAGGAUUCACAAUGGGUACGGGAUCGUGCUUCUUUGGAAAAAAGCAAACGACAAGGUAUUAAUGAAGUGGUGCUUAUUGAUGAUCAAGGGAAUGUUUAUGAAGGCAUGGCCUCCAAUUUUUUUGCUGUACGACGAAGAAACAAUAGCUAUGUGAUACAAUGUGCAUCUUUGGAACAUAUACUAUUGGGAACUGUUAUGAAAGUAUUGAUGUCUUUAUGUGAACAAGCAAAAAUCAAUAUUGAAUGGGUAUUUCCAAAGAUACAAGAUGCUCGUAGUGGUAAAUGGGAAGGUUGCUUUUUGACAAGUACAACAAGAUUAUUACUGCCUAUUGAAACGAUCUAUCCCAAGGAUGGCAGUGCACCUAUUGAUUUCCCAGAAUCUGAAUUCAUUCAACAAUUACAACAAAUGGUCAACAAUGAAAUGAAGAAUAAGGCAUAUCCAAUAUUAGAUUGACGAUUAGAUUUAUUUAUUUAUUUAUUUAUUUUGAUAUAUCAAAUUCAAUAAUAAAAUAUAUUACAGAAUUAUCUCUUUU